AUGUCGAUACCGCAGUCCAUAUGUGUCGGUAUCGAGUUGGAGUUUAUGGUUGCACUGCAGAUACCAGACUCCGACGCUGUGACUGGUGAGACUCGAUGGGCCUGUCCUACAACGCCGGAAGCUUUCCUGGGCCUCGUGAUGGGAGACUACAAAGACAUCGAACCGUCUUGUAUUCACAAGAUAACAGCGGUGACAUUCGAGCUUGGAAUAAUGAGUCUGUUAGUGGACCAGUCUCAAAGACCGAUUUUUGGUUUAUUGUUCCAGAGCGUCACAUCACCAGAGACUGUGUUAUACGACUGGUAUGGAACUGAACUCAACAGCCCUAUCCUCACUCGUCCUGAAGAGUUCAGUCAGGGGCUACCUACCCUCAGAAAGUGCCUUGCGGCAGUGCAGGGCGACAUGGUAGUUGGACUCAAUUCUGGCUGUGGACUACACCUUCACGUUAACGACGCCGGCAGCAUGCAGCUAGAGACUGCGCUGCGCCUUGCAACUUUGGUAUGGCUGCUUGAAGAUUCUCUGCUGUACCCUCUGUGCCAUCCUUUUCGCUCCGACUCCCCUUACUCGGCGCGUAUCAACGUUGAAUCUCGAAUCGCCAUGGAAAGAGGUGAACCACCAGUGUACGGCGAGGGUGCAGCUCUCGUUGAGGCACUCGGAGAGGUCAUGGGACAACUCCACUGGCGCAAGAAAGUUGACAGAGGUCUACUGGGAUCUAUGAAACGCCUGUGGUCGGAAACUAGCCUGGUUAGCUUGGGCAUCGCACUCCGAAAAUUCGAUGAAGGAUCCCUUCACACAACUACCCGCUGUGCAUUGGUUGUGUCCAAGUACGACACUAUAGAGUUCCGAUACCCCGAGUCCACGUUUGACGUCGACUUUAUCGCCGGCUGGGCUGACUUGGUGCGACACUUGUACGCGGUUGCGAUGAGGCCUCAGGCGGAAUUUCAUCAAAUCCUCUGUCGUGUAUAUGAACUCGUGACCCGUGAUCAGCUGCCUGGAUGGUCAGCCAUGUUGGGGGCGAUUGGUUUUCAGGGCGAUGUCAGUCGCUGGCAGCGACAUAUUAAUGACUACGGUGACACCCUGAGCAACCUUGACAAGCAGGGUAUCCUUCCAAAUAUUGGACAGUAA